CCAAGAUGGAUGUGGAGUUCACGUUUAUGUUGGACAAGCCUCAAGUGGAUGAUUAGCUACACAUAGAACUUGUUAACACCUCAAUGAGAAUAGAUUUACUGCAUCUUAAGGUAGUUGGUUAUAUGUUCUUUGUGUUCUUUUUGAAGUAAAGGAAUAUAAUAUUUUAGUUUUUAUUGACUAAAUUCUGAUCCUAAUGACUUAGACAAGCUAGACUAAAGGAAUAUUUGGUGCUUGGAAAUUGCUAACAGUUUAUAAACUAUGAAAUACUAGGUAGAAUUUGUGGAUAGGUUGAUGGUUUUAUGCUUGAAGCCUUGAAACAUUGGCAUUACUGCAUUAGCUCAAACACCAAAUAUAUUUUACGUAUCUAUUUAUCAGUUGCAUUGUGCAAACCAUUGCUUUGGCUAACUUUCAGGUGUUAUGUCUAUGUUUCCCAUUUUGAUCAAAUAUGGAUAUUUCAUAUUAACUUACCUUGGAUGGCAUAGAUUUUAUGAAUUUCUGACCUUUAAUGUCAGGAGGUACUCUUGGUCGAAGCUCUAAAAAACCUAAAUACAAAAUUGAAUUUCAUCCCGAAGACUCACAUUUUUUCCCUGAUGAUGAUCAGGAAGCUGUUGUUAUGCCCAAUAAAAAAGGAGAGAAGUUUCUGUGUUUUCUACCCAAAGGGCAUAAUUCAAAAACCAGUAAACUAAUGAGAAAGCCUUUUGGUGCAUACACAGUGUGCACCAGAUCAGACUAACGGCCCUAGCCGCGGCCCAUUAGGAGGGCCGCC